AUGAGCGCAGCGACGAGGGCAACGAAACAGUCGGCUCACGCGGAUCCUAAACCUUCCCCUCUGAAAGAAAUUCCAGAUAUUUUGGUAGACCCUCGGACGCUGAAGAGGUACAUGCGGGGUAGGUUCCUCGGAAAAGGAGGCUUUGCAAAAUGCUACGAAAUCACCGACAUGGCCACAAAGGAGGUUUUCGCCGGGAAAGUCGUCCCGAAGUCAUUACUGCUAAAGCCCCACCAGAAAGAGAAAAUGUCUAUGGAAAUCUCGAUCCACAAGAGCCUCAAUAACCCUCACGUUGUUGGCUUCCACGGUUUUUUUGAGAACGACGACUUCGUGUUUGUGGUUUUGGAGAUAUGUCGGCGAAGGUCGCUCCUAGAACUGCACAAAAGGAGGAAGGCUGUGACCGAGACCGAGGCCCGCUAUUACAUGAAGCAAACUAUUGAGGGAUGCCAGUACCUUCACAACAACAGAGUCAUCCACAGAGACCUGAAGCUGGGCAACAUCUUCCUGAAUGAUGACAUGGAGGUCAAGAUAGGUGACUUUGGCCUGGCUACAAGGAUCGAGUAUGAGGGUGAGAGGAAGAAGACCCUCUGCGGGACACCGAAUUACAUCGCCCCUGAAGUCCUUUGCAAGAAGGGCCACAGCUUUGAGGUGGACGUCUGGUCUUUAGGCUGCAUCCUUUACACUUUGCUGGUGGGGAAGCCUCCUUUUGAGACGUCCUGUCUGAAGGACACCUACGUGCGCAUCAAGAACAAUGAGUACACUAUCCCCCGGCACAUCAGCCCGGCGGCAGCCUCCCUAAUCCGGCAGAUGCUCCAUCCUGAGCCCGCCCUCCGGCCCACGGUGUCUGACCUGCUGGCGGAUGAUUACUUCACAUCAGGCUACAUCCCCACGCGUCUGCCCACCACUUGCCUCACAGUGCCGCCCCGCUUCUCCAUUGCACCCGGCUCCCUGCCCGAGCCCAGCCAGCGCCGGCCCCUCACUGCCCUCAACAAAGGAACCGAGAGCCCCAUGGAGAAGGCGGGGAAGAUGGAGCCGAAGGAAGAAGCCCAGCCCAGGGAGGAGCCUCAGCCAGCGGAAUGCCAUCUCUCUGACUUGCUGCAGCAGCUCAGCAGUGUCAAUGCAGCCAAGCCCUCAGAGAAAGCCCUCAUUCGGCAAGAGGAAGCUGAGGACCCAGCCUGUAUUCCCAUUUUCUGGAUUAGCAAGUGGGUGGACUACUCUGACAAAUACGGUCUGGGUUACCAGCUGUGCGACAACAGCGUGGGCGUGCUCUUCAACGACUCCACCCGCCUCAUCAUGUACGAGGACGGGGACAGCCUGCAGUACAUCGACCGGAACAGCGCAGAGUCCUACCUCAGCGUGCGCUCUUACCCCCCCUCGCUCUCCAAGAAGGUCACUCUGCUGAAGUACUUCCGGAAUUACAUGAUCGAGCACCUGCUGAAGGCUGGUGCCAACAUCACCCCGCGAGAUGGGGACGAGCUGGCGCGUCUGCCCUACCUGCGCCACUGGUUCCGCACCAAGAGUGCCAUCGUGCUGCACCUCACCAAUGGCACUGUGCAGAUCAACUUCUUCCGGGACCACACCAAGCUCAUCCUGUGCCCGCUGAUGGGGGCGGUGACCUACAUCGAUGAGCGUCGGGAGUUCCGCACGUACCGCAUGAGCCUGAUCGAGGAGCAUGGCUGCUGCAGGGAGCUGGCCAGCCGCCUGCGCUACGCCCACACCAUGGUGGAGAAGCUGCGAGGGGCGCAGACCACCUCUGCCCCCACCUCCAACACCCGCAGGACCGCAGCCGACCCCGAGUGUGCCUGA